AUGAUGAUUAUGAUGAUUGAAUCUAGUGAUGACCUUGAUGAUAGCUCUGAUGAAGAUGAUGAUGAAGAGACUCCUGUGAAGAAGAAGACUGAUGGUAAGAAAGUUGGGUAUACAUCAACCCCUCACCCUAAGAAAGCUGGAAAGACUCCAAACACUGAUGCCAAAUCUCCCAAGUCCGGAGGACAUCUCUCUUGCAGUAGCUGCAGCAAGACAUUCAACUCUGAAACAGGAUUAACUCUGCACACUAAAGCCAAGCAUGGUGCCCAAUCCUGCUAG